UAUAAUGGAAAGUCGCAUUGUGUGUUGUAUUUUUGAGUGCGCAGUGUUUGUUUGACAGCAUCUUAAACCGGUUUACGGGAUCAAAAAAAGAAACUUCUACUUUAAAACAGUCUGAGGGAUUAAAGGGCGACUUUCUGUGUGCACACAGAACAUGGCUGACAUCAGCCGCACGGUCGUCACGGCCGUGCUGUGGGCCCUCGUCUCAGCCGCUGAAGACCACAAAAACAUCACAGCUGAGUCCGGACAGAGCGUCACUCUGACGUGUCGAGCUUCAAACAACAAUUUCAUAACUGUGAACUGGAGCAGAGCUGACCUGGGAGGAAAGUAUGUGCUUUUAAUCCGGGAUCAGAGGCCUGACCCACACAACCAGCAUCCGUCAUUCAGGAACCGGGUGGAUCUGCGGGACAGGCAGAUGAAGGAUGGAGACGUGUCUUCGAUUCUGAAUAACGUCACAACUGCCGAUAACGGAAAAUACAAAUGUCAAGUCUUCAUGGAGGAAACACGCUCAUGGAAAUCCAUCAGCAUCAUCUACCUGAGAGUUGUUCCUCCAGAUCCACCGGGAGCCCUCAGAGAGGAUCGACCUGUCGGAGUGAUAGCUGCUGUUUCAGUUUCUGCUGUGAUUGUUUUUGUGGCCUUUUUAAUCUAUAAAAUUCGAUCUAAAACAGAAAAAAUUCCCCUGUUUCAGUCUUGCUUUAGACAUGUAAGACAGUUUUUCGGCGACAAAUCGGAUGUUCCUGUAUCAUUAACAAAUGUCUAAGGCUUGCUGAUGUGACGUGCACAUUUUGACAUGUACGCGUCAUGCUAGUGACCC